AUGGGUGCAAGGCCGGCUGAAUCUAGUCGUGACUAUGACACUCAGUCAUUGACAGCCAGUGUAACAGAUUAUCCCAUUGAGAAUGGCAGACGAUACCAUAAGUACCAUGAAGGAUCGUAUAUAUACCCGAACGAUGAACAGGAGCUGGAUCGGUUGGACAUGCAACACCAUAUGAUAAAAAUGGUCAACGACGGACGCCUGUUUCUUGCUCCACUAGAACACCCCAAGCGAAUCCUUGAUAUCGGCACUGGCUCUGGAAUAUGGCCCAUCGAGAUGGCGCCCGUCUUCCCAGAAGCCGAGAUAAUAGGCACCGAUCUUUCACCCGUUCAACCAAACGAAGUUCCUGAAAACGUUCACUUUCUAGUGGAUGAUGCCACUGAAGAUGAAUGGUUAUGGGGCUCCGACCACUUUGACCUCAUCCACACAGGGCACAUGAGCUAUAUGGAAUGCCAUGAAUUCGACCCGAAACCAAAGUGCGAUGACGGCACAAUGCCACCGGACGACCCUGAAAAGUUCAGUGAAUUUGCUCUGCACGACUGGUGUGAUCUAAACGUCCGCUCUGGCCAGAUCACAGAUCCCCCACGGCAGUUUCGCGUAGCCCACAGAAUUGCUCGUUGGAUGAGAGAGGUUGGAUUUGUGGAUGUACAAGAACGCAUCAAGAAAGUUCCAAACAACCCAUGGCCUACCGACCCGCACAUGAAAGAAAUUGGCAAAUGGAAUGAGGCAAACUGGCUGGAAGCCUUAUCGGGAUGGUCUUACAAACCUCUUACUGCCUUGGGCUGGUCGAAACCUGAAAUCGAGCUAUCGACAGCUCUCGGGCAUUCAAUUGCUGUCGCAUGCUUUCGUUCCCUCAUGUCUUUCGGUAGACAUGCAUAUAGGCAUGCUGUACCGCCUUCCUCACACUCCUUAGUUGAUCAUGUAUGGAUUAGCGAAGAUUUCCUCGCGUCAACGUUCCGACGGUUCGCAAACGGCCAAAGACGCUAUGAGAGCCGAGUGCCGGGACCUCUAGAAGCACGGAGACGGCUAGCAAAAAGAAGGAAUACUGCACUGGCUAGUCUAGCGGGGUCGGGGCCACUGGAUGACAUUGGGUGUUUGUUUGGGCGCAAUGGACGGGAGCACAUGAAAUGGGUUGGUGGGCAAUCACGGAACGCACCGCGUGAGGCUCAAGGUAGGCGCCCAUCGGAUAAGAGGUCAGCUUUUUACGCAAUGGGUGCACCGGCUUACCCUUUGCCCUUUUACAAUGAGACCACCGAAUCGAAUGAACUCUCCAGAUCAUCCGGGUGGCAGGGAUCUUCAUAUCUGGCCGACAAGGCGUCUCUCGAGCAAUGCUUGGCGGAAUCUUUGAAGGACUGUCAGACGAUAACAGCCAUCAAGGAUGUCGUUCGAAGACUGCGAAUCGAUCUUCAGCAGGAGCCUGCAUACAGCCGGCUAAUAUUCGAGCAUCUACUGUCGCAAUCGAUCAACCACAUGUGCGCCACCGACGGGCUCAUUGAGUUUUUAGAUGAUCCGCACUUGAACACUCGGGGAGCAGGGAAUUAUCUUUGCACAGUGGAGCAUUUCGUUUCUCGCGGUGCAGACCUAUCCAAACGGUCCGUUCUCCUAGGCAACGUUACUACGGCACUGGAGCUGGGAAGAGUGCCUGAAAAUGAAUUAUGCCAGAUCAUAAGGGUUCUGUUUGAAAGAGUCAUUGGAGAUGAUGUGGUGAGACAACGGGACGCGAGAAUUCUGACAGCUUACUAUAGGGGGAUGUGGGAUGCGAUUGGAAGGUGCAAUAUCUACGAAUACGAAAACCUGGAUACAGAAACAAUUGAGGCAUGGCUGGAGGGAUUAGAGAAGAUGGACAUGUACGACUCUUUUAUCUUGGCAAGAGACAUAAUCAGCGCGACACAAGAUCGUUCUUGGGCUCCGUUGUUCAUUACACGGUUCUUGAAGUUCUCCUUGGAUCAUAAAACGGACGGUGACUACAUAAGCGGGCUCUUGAAUUGCUUUACACCUGAUGAGGCCUCUCUUUGCAUAAUCUCUGUUACCGAAUUACUGGCUGCGUCCCGGAAACAGCACCUGUUUGAGAUGUGGCAGGACCAUUUACGCCGUCUUCAGAACAUCCCCGGCCUUGUUUCCUCGUCUGCCUGGAGUGACAUGCCAGUCACCACAUCACUCAGUACCUCUUGUUUGACACAGGAACAACGGAUAAUUUUGCGACUUUGGGUCUUGCGAACCUUUAGCGAAUACCUUCCUGAAGGGCCACUAUGGCGACAUGUUGUGAGGGCCACAGAUUAUCCUGUAUCCCGCCUUCUGAGCCUCUACAAAAGCCGCGUGGACAAUUUCAACACAGAGAGCUUUUUGAGCAGCCUCGUAGGAGGAAUCCAUGACCUGGGUAUACCACCUAGCGGUCUUUUGAUGCUAUCCGUUCACUUGACUACCGGAAAGCGGAUGACGAAAGCGACCCGGCGUACUUUGAAUAGGCUAGAGUCAUCAAACGUCUCACUUCUGGACAUCUUCGCAAAUGGGGAUGCUUACAGGAAGACGGUUCCUCACCUCUUUUCGGACUUCGAAAGGUUGGUCCGGCAAAUUAAUGUUACCAGCCCUUCAUUCCUGGAGAACAGUAUCCAGAUUGCAAGUACCGGCGAUUCUCAGAAUGUCUGGACUUUAAUUCGGCUACUCCGUUGUCACACACCUCUGAAGAUCGCCUUGUCAAGAUCAUGGGGACCUAUUCCAGACGCUUCUCAAAAGGCCCUUGUACGCUACUAUCCGGAGGCUAGAACCAGCGAGUGCCCAGAUCCCCACGCCGCCCUUGAUAUGGUGCACCUCAUCGCCAUAUCUAUUGCUAGCUCGAAGCAGCUGAGUGCACGCCGUGCUUACGGCCUGAUUCAAUGGCUCUAUCGUUUCUUAGUAAAACACGGUGCGCCCGUGAAACCUUCCCUUGUGCGUGCUAUGUACCAUGUCGGGGUGGUACGGUACCGAAGGGAGGGGCUGCGCCUUUCAUCCAUGCAAUACGCAUAUAUAUUAGAUCUUGUGGAGGAGGUCGAAGGACCCGAAGUCCUAGAUAUCAUGGUGCCAAGGGUUGGCCAAUCUGAUUCAUACGCUAGUCAGCUUGAGUUGCAAUGA